AUGGCUCGUUGUCCCGGAGCGACGGCGAACCUCUGCUUCCUCUUCUUCCACCACCACCACGAGCCGUCCCCGCCGCCGGACACCCUCGGCAUCCUCGCCUUCGACGCCGCCAAGACCAUGUGCCGCCUCGUCUCCCUCUACAACUCCCUUGACCACCAAGAAAUCCUCCACCUCCGCCGCCACGUCAUUAGGUCAAAAUCCGUCUCUAAACUCAACUCCCGUGAUGAGUGCUUCCUCCUCACCUUCGCCUGCGCCGAGCGCCUCGAGGACCUCAACCUCUCCGCCGCCACCGUCUCCCGCCUCGCCACGCGCUGCUUCGACUGCAACCUCGCCCGUUGCUUCGAGUCCGUCGACGCCCGGAAGCUCAAGUUCGGAACAAAGGACGUGGAGAGCAAAAUUGAGAACAUGGAGAAGCUCGUGUGCGCCACACGGAGCCUCCACAAGGCGAUGGAGUCGCUGACGAAGAUGGAAGCUUUGGAGAGGAAGAUGCAAAAGUGGAGAGCCAUUAGGGCAAACCAUGGCCUAAAAGUGAAGGUUGAAUGCUUCAAUGAUAAGAUCAUGUUUUAUCAGAGACAGGUUGUUUAUUUCAAGCAGGUUUCGCUUUGGAACCAGACAUUUGACAAGGUUGUCGGGCUCAUGGCGAGAAUCGUUUGCAUUGUUUACAACAGAAUAUGUUCGGUUUUCAGAACCUUUGUUACGGGCGAUGUCAAACGUAGAAAUCUAAACAACAACAACAACAAUGGUGUUGUAAAACGACAUAUUGUCGAAAACAGUUGUUGUAGGAUUGAGCAUCGCGAGUUGUAUAGGAUGAAUCUUUGCAUGUUCGACCAAACCGAGGAGGCGUUGAAGAAGCGCGCGUGGGGGUGUUGUAACGCGAGGAAGAGAGCUCUUACCGGGGUUUUCCGGUUUCACCACGCGCCGCCGCGGGAGGGCGGCGAGGUGUCAGGUAACAACCGUGUCAUGAGGCUGGCGCCGGAGAAUACGGUUGGCGGGGCGGGGCUUUCGCUGAGGUAUGCCAACGUUAUUUUGUUGGCGGAACAGUGCAUGCACGCGGCUGAUGCCGCGAUUGGGAACGACGCGCGUGUUGCGUUGUAUGAUAUGUUGCCCGGGAGGUUGAAGGUGAAGUUGAGGGGGAAGUUGAAGAGUGAGUGGUUGGAAUGGGAGAAAUUGGAGGGCGGAGAAGAGGAGCAUUCGACGGCGGCAACGCGACGGCACGCGGCGGCGGCGGAGGUGAUGGAGAUAUUGGUGCCAGUGGCUCAUGACAUGGUGAGGUGGCAAGCGGAGAGGAACUUGGAGAAGCAAAAGUUUGAGACGAAGCCCACGGUGUUGUUGUUGCAAACUUUGCAUUACUCGGAUUUGGAGAAGGUGGAGGAGGCCAUUGUGGAGGUGUUGGUUGGGUUGAGUUAUAUGUAUUGGAACCGAAAUUUAUGA